AUGUCUGAUGUGAGGACUAAGGUGCAGCUGAAGACUGUCUCUGGCAGGACGUGCACAGUCGCACCGCCCUUCACGCUGCAGCGGCUGCUCGAGGCGGCGGUCAAUCAACUGCAAUUGCUGCCGGAGACUAUUAAACUCUGCGCAAACGGAAAGGUCUUCUAUACAGCCACGAUGAAACAACAACAACAACAACAGAAAAAACAGCAACAAGAGGAAAAACAACAACAAGAAGAGGAAGUAGUAGUAGAGAAGAAUGAGAAAGAGGAAGUUGAAAUACCAGAGAGAGGUGUUAUUCUGGUUGUGGGAAGGCGAAACUAUCCAAAUAACGUUGCUAUGGGAAAGGGAAUUGGAACAUCGUUAACUAGAAAUGUUAAAUCGGCAGAUGAAGUCAAUAGGGGGAAAGGAAUGUCUAAUGAUUUUAUAAUGGAAAGGAGUAGUACAGCUCCUUCUUCUGCUUCUGUUGUUUCCGAGAGAAAAGUAACAAGGCCCAAAAUCAAUAUUCUUAAUUCAACUCCUACUGUGAAUACCACCCCUACUAGUAGUGAUAUCAAACAUAUUCAAGGCGAUAUAACAGAGUCUGAUGAGUAUCGUUUUCUAAAACAUUUUGUGUUUUUACGAGGUAAACGAAGCAUGAAAGACUUUCUUGAUUAUAUAGAGAUGUAUUAUAGUGAAGAUCCAAAUUAUAUUCGUGGUCAUCCUCUUAUGGUUUCUAUUGUUGAAUAUGUGAGUCUUGAUCCAGAUAGACUAAAAGAGGUUUUAACAACCAUACAAGAAGUAGAACCAGAUUUAUUAAGAUGGAUUGAGAAAAAUACAGAGUUUUUUCUAAAUGUUAUCAAUUCCAAACCAUAUUGGAGAUCUGCUACUUCACCUGUAUGGCUGAUUAUUAAGGCAAGAAAGACAUAUCUAAGAUCUCCAGAAUCUUUUUCUAGUGUAGCUGAAUUAGCACAUCGUAUGCUGGAAUAUUAUCAGCAUGAUAAUAUGUUUAUGGAGUAUUAUAGAGAUAUAUUAACUUCUCUAACGGUAAGUGAUGAUUUAUUACCUUUAAAUAAUAGUCAAAGUAAUGACGAUGGAUCUUUGCAAAAUAAGAAUGAAUCAAAGAGUAGUAAUAAUAUAUCUAAAGAACCAUUAGACGAUGUUUCGUACCUUUGUGCAUGCAGAGAAGAUGAUUCUCUGCUGGAUCCAUAUUGUCAAGAAGUGGAGUCACUCUACCGUUCAUGGGAAAUUGGACGGGAAAGAUGGAAUUUAUUACCACCAGAAAAUCCAGAAAAACUUUCUAUAUGCAAUAAUAUGAAAUCUUUGCUACGUGAUGCUUGUGGUACUCUUAUGCGAGUUAUGGAAUAUUUCCUUGUAAACACUCCUACACCUACUGUAUUAACGAAAUUAAAUGAUAUUGCUCAGAAAUUCUUAAGUGAAGGUGAAGAGUGGCAUGUGGAACAGAAAAAAACAUAUGAUGCAUUCGAUAUUGCACUUACACAUCUUCUUUUUAAUGCAGGACAUGAUCUUAUUAAGGUUCAAUUGGAUGCAUGUUCAACGAAUAGGUGUAAAUCUGCUUCUAAGAGUCGAUCGUCUGUAUCGGAUGGACUUGAAAGUUCUCCCAUGUUAGAUCCAACCAUACGAUGGAUAACAUCUUCUGGUCCAUUUAUACUAGUACAUGAAUUACAAGAGUAUAGUAUACAACAAAAAGUAAGCAUUGUAAUUUAUACGAUGAUAUCUGCUACUAAGGGUUGUGUAUAUGUUAUAAAAAAAGGGGAAUUGCGUAUGGUGCCUAUGACCUUGGAUACCGUAGCCGCAGAUGAAUUUAACCGCCUUGAAAAUGUUUACAAUAUAUUUGAGGAAAAAUUAAGGAGAUGUAAACCCGGUAGAAGGGAAGAAGCAAGGAAAGCAGCUAAAAAUAUGUGGGAUAAACUAAUGUAUUCUUUAUAUACUCGAUAUAUCACUCCAAUUGAAAAUCUUCUACCUCCUGCUGCAAAAAAAGUAUAUGCUCCAUCCUCAAAGGUGAGUGAGGUUUGUUUUAUUCAUACCUGGGCACCAAAACAAAUGCCUAUUCCAUUUCACGCUUUGCAAUCCAAGCGUAAUUCAAUCACUUGUGUAUUGAAAUGGGCAACUUUUAUGGCAUAUCGUCCAUGGGAUUUAAUUCUUUCUUCAGAGAUUCCUUGGUCUAAUUAUGCUACCAGUUUUCCUACUAUUACACGAAUAUAUGAUACUGUUGUAAAACCUUCAAAGGCUGUUUCAGAAAAAUUAAUGAAUGCCACAUCAAAUAUGGUUACUUUUAUGAAUAUUAAUGAUGUUGGUUGUAAUGCGUCAGGAAAGGAUUUAUCAGAGGGAAAAAAUACCAAAAUAUAUCAAAAAGUAGAACCACAAGAAUUAUGGGGUAACGUUCCAUGGGGAUCAUUUCUGCAGAAGACAAUAGGUAACGUUUAUCCAGGAGUUCCAACCCAUGCUUUUUUACACGGCAAAGAUGCGAAUCAAACAUCUAAAACUGCUCUUUUUAUUCAUGAAGAGGUAAGAACACGUUAUGGUUGGAAAAGGUGUGAGAUGGGAGACAAGGACAGUAAAAGUUCAUCUGUGUAUGAUUCUAAUCGUUCCGCCUCAUUCCUUCGAGGGGUGCCGUUUAACCAAAGUGCAGAUUUAUUUGUAUCUCAUGUUUUAGGUCGUGAAACUGGGGUGGGUAUUCACCGUGCUGCUCUUAUGCCAAUUUUUGGAGUAACAGGUGAAGGACCAAUUGAAACGUACAGCUACUUUUUUAAAUAUCUUAUUUCAACUGAAGAAAUGACUGCAGCAAAGGCUUAUCGUCUGGCACUUUUGUUUUUAUGGCUCUCAGAAUAUGGGAAUGAACCAUGGCGCCCGGCAUCAGUGUCCUUAUUUAAUUAUGGAGGCCCUAUGCUAACUCUCCGUCACUUUUUUGAGAUUUACAAAACAAAGUACCCUGUUGAAACUUCAGAAUCCAAGAAAAAUGUAAACUCUAAUUCUGAGAACACUGUGAGAGAUGAAAAAGGGAAAACGAAAGGAAGUGCUAGGCGUGCUGUAAGUGAUGUGAAGUUUAGCAAAUAUGUGGAGCAACACUCAAUUGAUUCGAUUUUUGGUGUCAUGUUAAAAGCUCUUGAUGAUAAUAAACCUGUGGGUAAAGUCGCUGUUUUUGACGCUUUGAUUGAUUCUCUUGAGAGAAACCGAGAGAGCCUAAGUGGUGUAUUAGGGGAAGAGACAGAUACGAAGGAAAGAUCACUAGGAGAAGAUGAUUCGCACCCUGUUACACAUAUUGUGACACCAGCGAAACCGACUGGAGCUCGGAGUUCUUUUGUCACCUCCGUUCGGAAUAUGAUUGCUGCGUCUAGAAAUGCCAGUGGCGUAAAUACCAACAACAGUAUUAAUAUCUCAAAGGAUGACAAGACGCCCCAGAAAGAACCACAACCACCUGCAAGCAAGUAG